AUGGAACCGAAGUUGGAACGGGUGCCUCAUUGCGUGCCAGGCCAGCCUGUUCGCUCACCAGAUAAAUGCAACUCUUGCAUUUGUUAUGAAGGAGAAAUAUUUUGCACUAAUUUGCCGUGUCCGGCGCCAAAUUGUACAAAUGGUGAAACUAUACCAAAUCCAGAUCCAUGCAACAAAUGUAUGUGUGACAACAAUAAAGUGGCUUGUUCAGACUUGAUUUGUAUACCAGCGCCACAGUGUAUAGAAAAGAAAUCGUAUCCCCCACAAAACAAGUGCAAUGUUUGCAUGUGUUUGAAGGGGCAUAUCAUGUGUACCACAAAUAACUGUACCAUUGAAAAGAACGAAACGUUCGCAAUAAACGAAACUAUUGUGGAUGAUAGUGGGGAGGAUGUAUUGGCUGCCCCCCUUCGAGCUUCGGCCAGCGUUAAACAUUUCACAACCGGAGAUAGAACAGGUUCAGAAUGUGAUGUUAACCAGCCAGUUUACAAAACAGAUGGUUGCAAUGAAUGUUACUGUUUCGAGGGUCGACUGGUAUGCUCCGAUGUAAUGUGCAUGCGAGGGCCUAAAUGUGUGGAGGGCCAAGAGAUACCUAAACCAGACAGCUGUAACUCCUGCAGAUGUAUUGAAGGACACAUUUUAUGUACGAACCAUGAAUGUCCAGAUACAAUAUCAAAGAAUUCAUUUGGAACAGACCUGCACUCAAGUUUAGAACCUGGUCUCAAUGUUGCCUAUGGAAAGCGCAAGCACCCGGACUGUGAACUUACCCAGGCUAUAAGUGCAUUGUCUAUGGAGUUGAAAAAAGCUAUUUUGGAUCUACGAUCCGACAUGAACAACCAAUUCUUUAAUGUAAAUACGUGUAUUAACGACCUCCGAGAAGAUUUAAAUGCACUAUCAGCUACUUCUUCCCAGAUACAAAAUGAGGUUAAGGAGCUUCGCGGGGAAUAUUCACGCAUGAGGAGAGAUAUUUCAGACUUGCACAAGUGUGAUAGGCGCCUGAAGGAGUUGGAAUCGAGGGCGGGCGACUCUGAGGACAUUGCUAAGAAAAUUUUCGAAGGAAGGUUUGAUGCAUUUGAACAGCAGGCACGACAAUGUAACAUAGAAAUUGCAAAUUUGCCUGAAAAGCGAGGGUGA